AUGCUCGAAGAUCAGAAGACACCGCGCCACAGCCACCUAAGUGCCGAAGACCAGGCCUGGUUGGACAGCUUUCCUGAUGAUCGAAAGAAAGCGGUUGUACGAAAGAUCGAUUUCAGACUUGUGCCUCUCUUGGCGAUUCUCUACUUGUUCUCUUUCAUUGAUCGUGCCAACAUCGGAAACGCCAAGAUCGAAGGUCUGGAGGAAGACCUCAAAAUCACUCCAUCGCAAUACAACAUCGCCUUGAGUGUCUUUUUCGUUCCCUACGUCGUCCUUGAGGUUCCUAGCAACUAUCUCUUGACAAAGUUCAAACGACCCUCUGUCUACAUCGGAGGCAUCAUUGUUGCUUGGGGUAUUGUCAUGACACUUAUGGGCAUUGUUCAAAACUUUAGUGGACUGAUUGCCUCUCGAUACAUGCUUGGUGUCGCCGAAGCAGGGUUCUUUCCAGGAGCUGUCUACAUCAUCUCUCAGUGGUAUAUGCCAAAUGAGAUCCAGACGCGUAUUGCCAUCUUUUACUCAGCAAGUGCGCUCGCAGGUGCCCUAUCCGGUCUGCUCGCUUUCGGUAUCGCCCGAAUGGAUGGCGUCGGAAACCUCGAGGGCUGGCGGUGGAUCUUCCUUCUUGAGGGCAUCGCCACCGUUAUGGCAGGAAUCGCCUGCUUCUUCUGUCUUAUUGACAACGCCGAGAGCUCCGCAUGGCUUGAUGACGACGAGAAGCGAUUCCUAUCCCUGCGAAGAAUUGCCGUCAUGGGCGACCAGAGUGCCAAGCAUGCCGAAACCAUCAGCAAGAGGGCCAAGUGGUCAGUCCUGAAAUCGGUUCUGUGUGACUGGCAGGUCUAUUUCCAGUCCAUCAUCUACAUCUCUGCCACAAUGCCCAACUACGGCCUCAAGUUCACCAUGCCCCAGAUCAUCAAGAACAUGGGAUACACUUCCGCCAACGCACAGCUACUCACCAUUCCGCCUUAUUGUGUCGGUGCGAUCAGUGCCUUUUUGUCAGCUAUUUUCGCAGAUAGGCUGAAGUGGAGGAUGCCCUUUAUCGUCGGAGCCCAAACAAUCGUGCUCAUCGCAUUUUCUAUUCUCUUUGCAAAGGCCGCAGACAUCAAGGACAACAUAGGCUUAUGCUACUUUGGCGUCGUCCUCGCUUGCGUCGGUCUAUAUCCCAUCACCCCCGGCGCCAAUGCCUGGACUGUCAAUAACCUGGCUGGACGGACCAAAGCUGCGAUGGGCAUCGCAUACAUGAUUGCCAUCGGUAACUCGGGCGGCAUUCCUGGCUCCUAUAUCUACAUACAAAGCGAGGCGCCGAAGUACCCAACUGGAUUUGGUGUUUCUCUUGCCGCGGCGGGAGCAGGCAUUCUUUCUGCGGUUACGCUGGAAGUUACCUAUCGUAGUAUCAACAAGAGGAGAUCGAAGAUGUCGGUUGAAGAGGUUUACGGCAAGUACUCGGCGGAGGAGCUCGAGGCCAUGGGUGAUCGGUCUCCGCUGUUCAGGUACACUCUCUGA